UGAUCAGAUAAAUGUGCUUUUCAGGCUGUGAUGCGGAGCAGUUCUGUUCUGUUGCUGACCUCCGAGACUCGGACACCCCGGGCUUCUUCAGCUGCUUGCUGUAUCCGGACAGCAGGGUUUGUGGAGCAUACGACAAACCUCUGAGACGUCCCUGCCCCCUGGUGCUGGACAUGACGCCCAACAACACCUACAGCAAGAAAGUGGGUCUGUCUGGACCAGUGAAGAGUUUCUACGACAGAGUUUCCUUCCAGAAGAUGGUUUCUUACUCUGUGCGUAGCCGAGUCACUCUGAGGAACAACGUGCCACUGACUGAGGG